AGAUCUUUCAUGCUCCUGUUCUGGAGUGCCUCCAUUGCUCUCAGCUCGUUCACGCUUGCCGCUUCGUCCAAGCUUCUUCUUCCCACUUGCCCGGCAGCCUUCAACCUUACACCUCAACCAUCUGAUCCAACCCGCUCCUUCUCAGUGUCGAGCGUUUCUGCAAGAGCACCUGCAAGGGCUGUGUGUUCGUCGUCUGCAGCCGGCAUGGGGCUCCUCAAGGUGCCUGCGGAGAACCUGUUUGUGUCUGAGCCUGACCCGCUUCUGUUUGGGAAUGAUGAGAACGCCGAGAAUGAUCCCACCUGGACGAACGGCAACUGGCUGAAAUCAAGAUUCCACUUCUCGUUUGCUGGUCAGUCAGCUACAUGAAGGAGGGGAAAAUGUUAUAAGGGGUCAUUCUCUGUCCAUCUGUGUGUGCAACAGAGUACCAUGACCCCCAGCGCAGUCAGUACGGCGUGCUGCGUGUGAUGAACGACGACCUGGUGCAGCCCAACAGAGGCUUUGGCACACACGGACACCGCAACAUGGAGGUCAGUCGGGAGGCAUGUUCUGUUCUGCUGAGUGCGUGUGGGAACACCCCCAUCUCGCUUGAUAUCGUGUCUGUCAGAUUGUCACUUAUGUGGUGGAGGGCGCUCUGACGCACCAGGACUCAAUGGGCACGGCCGAGACUCUGGAGAGAGGGUCCGUUCAGUUCAUGACUGCUGGCACGGUGCGCAUGUGAUGUGGUGCACACUCACGUCUACACAGACACUCAUUUGUUCGUUAUCUAUUUGGUGCCUGCAGGGGGUGCGGCACAGCGAGCACAACCGCGACAAGGCUCGGCCCCUCCGAUUCAUCCAGAUAUGGAUCAACCCGGUGCAGCUGGGCCUGCAGCCCAACUAUGGCAGCCUUAGAGGCAGCCUGGACCAGCGCCACAACAAGCUCGCCCAUCUCGUGUCGCCCGUGGACAAACUCAACAAAAUGGUCAAUGAAGGAGUCACUUACGAAACAAUCAAUCCAUUUCCCAACGUGUGUUGUGUUGUGUGUGCAUUCAGGGCGAAGCUGGGGAGAUCAAGAUCAACCAGGAUGCUCACAUCUACGUUGCUGAGCUCGACACCGGCCGUCAGGUGGCGUUGUCCCUUUCAGAGGGCCGGAUGGCCUACGUGCUCUGCGUCGAGGGCGCCCUGUCGAUGGAGGGACCUUUCGGCAAGGAAAGCCUCACAAAGCACGGUGAGUGAGACGACAGACAGGGAGACCAUCCACCCGGCCCUCAGCCAACAGCCGGGCCUUUUGUUGUGUGCGUGUGUGUGUGUGUGUGUCCAGAUGCUGCCCGAGUGGAUGGCUCUGGUGCAAUCACGUUCAGUGCUCUGGAGAAUGAGGACAAGGAGCCCGGCCAUGUGCUCAUUGUCGAAAUGGCUCAGAAGUAAUGAUCGUCGUGUUAGCAA